AUGGCGCUCGUGGACGCGCAGACGCUCGCGAUCCACAAGCUGCUCACGAAGGUGACGGUCGAGAGCGCGUUCUCGCUGGGCCCGCCGCUCCCGAAAUUGCACCCAUCGCCGGUGCUUGUGGCAAAGCUGCACCUCGAGUGCGUAGAGACCUACGCCUCCGCGCACGAGCUUGCCAAGACGCCCGGCGCAUCGCACAAGCCGAAACAUCCUUUUGGACUCGGGAAGUACGACGCGGACGAUGACGGCGCCUGCUGGCGCACAAGUGGCUCGGCGUCGACGCGGGCUCGGCGCCGGGCGGGGCGCGGGCGGGCGGGCGAGGCCAUCACUUUUCUGGCAUGGGCGAAGCGCGAGCUGGACGAGCUCGGCGGGCGCGGGGUGAGCGUCGGCGGUGGCUCGCGGGAGGAUGACAUGCGCAAAAGGCGGAGGCAUGCACGAGGCUGA